AUGCCCGGCAAGCACACUAGCGCAAGGAUCAUCGAGGUGCUGCUCGAUGUGGUGAAGGAGUGGAACUUGGAGAAGCGGUGCAUUGCUGUGACAUCCGACAACGCGUCGGCCAAUGUCGCAGCGAUGGAGUUCCUUUGCUGUGGGGGGCCAACCGACCGUCAGCCGCCCUUGUUCUUCUCCGAGAUGCACGUCAGGUGCAUGGGCCACAUUUGCAACCUAGCAAUCCUGCUAGGGCUGAAGACAGUGCUCGAUAUCAAGGAGCCGCUAGGGAUCGUUAGAGACCUAGCGUCCUUCAUUGGGUUAUCGCCCAAGAGGACAACCCUGUUCGAGAAGAUCCAGAAGCGUGCUGAUGAGAAGGCGAGGAUAUUGCGUCUUCGCGGGGACAAUGAGGUGCGGUGGGGCUCGACCUACCUCAUGCUCGAGCGGGUCAUGAAGGACUGCAUCACUAAGGCAGAGGAGAAGCUGAUGGAGUACUACUCGGGCAGCAGUGAUGAGCUUUGGGUUGCCACCUUUCUUGACCCAAGCUUCAAGAUCGGGUACUUCGAGAUGGAUGGUGAGGGGGGAGAGGAGAGUGAGAGGCCGGGGGGGGUACAGCAUGUUGCAGCGGAAAGGGUGUUCGCCUUGGUACGGGCGAAGUUGGUACCGUACAAGGCAAAGGCGGUGGCGGCCAGGGAGAAACGGGAGAGGGCAGAGGGGGCUGGUCGUGGUGCACGUGGAAGGGGAGGGGGGAAUUCAUCAGGAGGGAGCUCCUCUGGCCAGGGGGAUGGAGCUGGCAGAAAGGGGGGUGCUGCAGGCGGCCGCCCAACCAUCGAUUCAUUCGGUGGUGUAGACGGGGAUAGACGGAGCUUGAGGGCAAGAUUAGAGGAGUACUGUAGCCGCCAGGAGGAGUCCGUCAGGGACGAGUCCUGGGUGGACAUGAACACAGGGUGCAAGUUGGGGAAGGCGGCGGCGAAACUGCUAGAGUUGGCGGAGGCGGAUGCCGUAGGGGUGGAGAUGGAUGAAGAACAGCCGAAGUGA